UUUAGUUCUUCACAUAUAUCAUGAAAUAGCCUAUUUGGUGCAAACACUACAAAUCCCAGAAUGCGCUUCGAUUCCAGGUACGUCACGUGUCUCCUGCCGCACGUAAACAUUACCAGGACGCGGCUGUUUACAAACCUCUCGUGUUGGUGUUUCUCCGUUAACGCCGUUAAUUCUUCACGUAGAAGAAGAGACACAGGAUGGAAAUUGAAAAUGCUCGGCCAUAUUUCUUCGGAGACAUCGGUUGCUGGUCAGAGAGAACGGAGGUGCACAAGGCGGCGUCCCUCGGCCAGGCCUCCACACUGCAGCACCUGAUCCAGAGCGGAGCCUCGGUCAAUAUCGUGGCGGUGGACUCCAUCACACCGCUGCACGAGGCCUGUCUCCGCGGGCAGACCCAGUGCGUUCGACUGCUGCUGGAGGCUGGAGCCCAGGUGGAUGCGAGGAACGUAGACGGGAGCACCCCGCUGUGUGAUGCCUGUUCGGCUGGUAGUUUGGAGUGUGUGAGGCUCUUGCUGGAGCAUGGCGCCAAGGCCAACCCCGCCCUCACCUCCCGCACGGCCUCACCCCUCCAUGAGGCCUGCAUGGGAGGAAACUCAGACUGUGUGAAGCUCCUGAUUGCCAUGGAUGCGUGUCUGGAAGCGUAUGACCUUUACUACGGGACCCCGCUGCAUGUGGCUUGUGCUAACGAACACACUGACUGUGUUAAAGUGCUGCUAAAUGCAGGUGCUAAAGUGAAUGCGGCCCGGCUGCACGAGACCCCGCUGCACCACGCUGCUAAAAACAUGCGGGUUGAGAUGAUAGAGAUCCUGGUGGAGUUCGGGGCCAACAUCUACGCCAGAGAUCAGCACAACAGGAAACCCGCCGAUUACACCACGCAGGGGUCCCCCUCCGCAGCCUGCCUACAGUUUUAUGAGACCACUCCCAUGAGCCUGCAGCAGCUCAGCAGGUUGGCGAUGAGGAAGAAGCUGGGCACCAGAGCUCUGAAGGUCAUAGGUCAACUGAACAUACCAAAACUCAUCAUCAGCUACCUCUGCUAUCAAUGAGUGUCACCUGGAGCAGGAGCCGGAUCAAAGAAAGACUGAAGAUUCACAGAGCUGCUGCACAGUUUUGAGAAAAACACAACAAAGGUGCCAAAUGCAAUAGAUAUGAUAACAGUAGACGCACAGUUUUCUCGCACACUUCUUUUCAAAGCAGCACUUUCACCUCAACACUCGGGGGUUACACAGCAGGGGUAAGGCAGAGGAGGAUCCUAGCUCCUCUGUUGCACAAAUGACAUUCAUUCAUUGUGUUUACAUUCUAACCAACAAUAGAAUUUUAACUAGGUUAUUGCAAAAACCUUAAGCAGUUAAGAGAAUAAGCUAUUUUGAUUACCAGAACUGGAAUACCUGUCAGUCUGUGGGAUGUGUACACCUUAUACCUGGCUAAUACUAUAGUUAAUCAGUCCAAUAUGGCAGUGGUUCCCAAUGUGUGCUGCAACAUUUGUUUUCUAGGGCCCGAGCAUGGAGCGCUGCAAGGACCCUUUUGAAAUGCAAGGAAUUAUUAUUUUUGUGCCAAAUGGACCGCUUUUUUGGUGGCCGUAUGCUCAAACACAUGAAACGCGGGACAAAAUUCAAUGGUGGUGGAAAUGUGCAGAUUCUAUGGGUCCUGCACAUGGGCGGGGCAAAAGGGCUUGACCGUGCCCCCCUAAACUCGGCCGCUCACGUUUCACCGAUAUGUAUGCAAAUCGGUACACACGUGUAUCAUGACCAGACAAACCAAAAAGCCUCUUGGACCCAUACCCCAAACCCAAUAGGAAGUCGGCCAUUUUGAAUUUAGUGGUGAUUUUUGCCGUUUCGGUGCGUUGUUCUUUAACUCCUCCACCUAGGGAAUUUAUUUAAUUUUAUAUAUAUUUUAUAUUAUAUUUAUAUAUAUAUUUAUAUAUAUAUAUAUAUAUAAAUAAUAAUAUGUAAUGUGUGGUCUACACAUGAUGCUGACGCAACCGCAGCACAACCAGGACCCACAUGGACUGCCCAAACAUCGCUGCUUGCAGCUUUCAUUUUAUUUUGCUGUUUUUAAUAAAGUUUCGCCCCAUAAAAGAAAAAAGGCAGCAUUUAGAAUCACAGUUUUUGAAACUGUUAAAUAUGCAGCUAUGCUGCAGCUAAUAACAAGAGUGCUUCUGGUUGCCGGCUGUCAUAGUGAUGUAGCACACUUUGUGGCUCAUGAGUUUCUGUAGUGCGAAGAUGUCAAUGCAUUCUGAGACAUGCGAACAUUAGCUGACGUAAAGAGCUAGAUUACAGUGUAAGCUGUAUGGCUCACAGCUUUGCGGACUGGUGUAGCUGCGUAUAGGGGUGCCAUGACAAAAAAUGUCCCAUUAGGGGGUUGCUGUGUUUUUAAAAUGUUUGGGAACCACUGCUAUAAUGGCUUGACCAGAUGGACUUGGGAUGUUGGAGAACAAAAGUGACUUCAGACAACCUACACAGCAUCUAGGAUACAAACACUAGCCUUGCCUACUUCUAUACGUGUUCUUUGACGUUGGCCAGGAGUCAGGAGCACAGAGCAAAAGCAGGAUGAAGUUGGUCCCUGGCAUGUCAGUGCUGAUCUAUCAUUGGUAGGGGUUCGCCGUGUGGUCUGGGAUGUUUUUUUGGCCAAGCCACAGCAAGAAUUUUUGAUGUAUGAUCACCUAAUCUGACACAGAGAGCAUCUUGAGAGGCAACAAUGCCAGUGUAGACUCGUCCUGGUAUUAAUUUGAUGUUGUAGUUUGAACCUGUUAUAUUACCAUUAACACCCUGUCUACUCUUGCUGUGAUUAUUGGCUAUUGGCAGAGUUUAUGUCCUUAAUAUCCUUUAUUGAUAUGUCUUCUUUUAUAGUGUGCUUGUAAACAUACUGUUUGGAUAUGGACACUUGCAGCCUGCAGCCUGAUGUGUAUCAAUGUGGGGGUUCAUGAUGCCUCUGGAAGGAACAUCUGUUCUAGACAAAGCUGCAUUCACCACUGCUCCCUUUGGUUUCCCUCACUAUAAACUGUCCCGGUCGCUGGCUUAGCUUGGUAUACAUGGGCGUGCUGUGUGAACGUUACUUAUUUUAGCUAGGGUUGGUUGUUGCCAGUGGAGGCACCAGUGUGUAAUCUCAAGUAUAAAUUGCAGCUAUAAAGUCUUAAAUAGCACUUAAUGUUUGCCAUUUAAAUAAAUACAGAAGCGUAACUCGCACUACAAGAGAAGAGUUGGCUUCUAAUAUUAGAGAUGCUUUCAGAUGGGUAUUUAUUUGAACAAGUGUCAGAGCUCAGGGAGAGGAAGACGACAAGAGGCACAGUUUUUGGCAACAGAGGCUGGAAUCCUGGAUCACUGGAUUGAAUCCUGGACCUGCCAGGAACGUACAUGUAAGUCACCGAACUUGUAGGUGUACCGUAAAUGCUGAGUGGCAGAAAAAAUGCAGAAUGAGACAUUGCGUGCAUGCUCAGUCAACAUUCCCUGGAUAACUAAAAGGUCGGUUUUUGUUUUUCUAAAGUAACAUCCAGAGGAAUACCGGGGAGCGUUAUGUGUCACAGCAGCUCUCAGAGGGACACACUCCAGAUGCUGCUUCGCUUCAUCUCUAGAUUCCUACGAGACACAGCCCGCGCCUGGCGACAGCCUUUGUUUGAUACAGACACUGGAGUCUCAAGGAAGCAGUGAUCCUGGCUGCUAUUUAUAGUGUCUGUUGCUCCACUAAAACCACUUAUAGAGAGGGCCCAGAAAGCUCAGCGAGGUCUUAGUAUUUUUGGAAGGAGACGCAGGAAGUUGUUUAUGAAUUCCAUAAAGUGGCACGACCUCAUUUGGAAGUUUCAUAACUUUCAUUUAUGUGUAGUGGUUCAGGCCAAACAUCCUCUUUAUGAUAUUGCUGUCUGAAGCUGAACAUGAUUUACUCUUUAGCACCAGAACACAAGGGAAGUUAAAGACACAUUUCAAAAUGAAGUUUGUUUGUGGGUUGCAUUUUUUUCUUCUGUUUUUUUCUGACUGCCGAUCUUAAAUUUAGCUGUUGCUGUCUGCUUGUCACCUCUGUGGAGACAGGACGUCUUUGUAGCAGAGCACACAUUCCAUCUUUAACAGUGAAGUAUUUCAGGACACUCAGUCUUUGCUGGUGUUAUAGCCACAUUAGGCCAGAAUUUGAUAUAUGUCUUAUUGAAUGAGGAAACCAUUUACUGCAACAAUCAGCUUCUCCAACAUUUGUAGGACCUUCACAUGGUUGAGCUGGAGCAGCUCAGCUGCUAACAGCCAUUGUUCCAUUUUCCAAUGUAAUCAAAACAAGCGGUGUAAUUGGGUUUCUCCGGGUUGAUGUUUUAAAAAAUAUUUGCAUAAAACUGAACCUUUUUUUACUUCCUCCUAUGUCAACACAUAAAGUGCAAACCAUUUCCUGCAUUGCCACUGAAUGUUGGCCUGAACAUUAUUUUUUGGCAUACUGGGUUGGUUCGCGAGGGUUAGUGUUAAAGUGUGUUAAAGCACGGUCGUAGCUGCCAGUAGUUCCUCAUAGGAUGCUGAUUGGUCCCAACCACUGUGGUUUGAAUACAAGUGCAUAGCGUGAAGCCUUACAAGGUUAGCAAAUGGGGUAAAACAUUCAAAAACACUGGUGUAGUCAUUUAGUCCUUGCCUUUAGCAGUUAGCAAAUCAUGUUGCCCAUUUCCCCCUUCAGUAUAAAGUAAAAAACACCAUCCACGUGAACUUUACUGACUUCACCCUUCAGGAUUUUGGGGUGUUAAAGAAUACCUUUAGUUUUCUAUGUGGAGCUGCCAGCAUGAACAGUUUACCAUGUGCAGCUUUAAAAAGCAAGAGCCACCUGUCAGCUCUCAUGGAGGUCUGCACCUGUGUGUGUACUGUUUGUCUGACAGAUCUUUACAAAGUUUUCAAAAGCAAUAUUUCAGGCUUUCAGACCCUCGUCCAAAUCUCUCAAUUCACUCCCCUCAUUUGGCUCUCUCCCUGAACGCGCCUGGGCAUCACAAUGCUGGCCUGAAUAUGGAGCUCGUCUGCUGCACUCCAUUAACUUGCCAAGCUGUUGCAGUUUGUUUAAUCCAAAUAUAAAUUCCUAGAAAUUGAUCUUCCAUCAUUGAAAGGUACUUUGACUAGUUUUCAUGCUGCAAAAAUGCAGCCUGGUUCAUUAUAACCGUAUCCUGUAAAUAACCACUCUGCACACAUCUCUCCUUCUUCCCAUGGAGUGUUCUCUUUAAGACUUGUUGAAAUAUCUGACCCUGAUACAAAUGGGGUUUCUACUUAAGGCUCAAAAUAACCACUACAAAACAUGUUCCAAAGCACUUUGUGUCUGCAGAAGGAACUGGAAAAAGCAGAGGAGAGGAGGGCAGGCAUGCAGGGAAUGUCCAGUUAUCUAAGAUGAGAAAUGGUCCUUGUUCCAUAAUAGGAAUGUUGAACUUCAGGUUGGACAAAUGAAUGGUUGGUUUGUUUUGAAACUUUUCCUGCUGAUCCGUCAGAUUAAACAGCAUGAGCAGUUAUCUGGGUUUAAGUUUUGUCUUAUUGUAGUGAAUUAAGUCAGGUUUAAUCUCCGAUGUUCAAAGCACACUCUUUUUAUCUGAUUAAGGUGCUACAGAAAACUGCUGAAUCAUCCCACAAUAAUGAAUAUGUUGAAUAUGUUAAUUUAUUGAAUAAAUUUCACUGUUGAUGUC